GCCAGGGGCAGCCUAGUGCUGGCUCUUCCCUUCCCUCUGGCCUCCUUGCCAGCUUGGCUCUGGCCUCUUUCUCCCUCAGCUGAGAGAGAGCUGGACAUUAAGGGAGGAGCCCAGCCAAAGGGGCGGAAGUGCAAACAAGAGCCCCGGGCCACUGCCAGAGCAAGCCAGGCGGGAGCCUUUGCUGCCUGCCUUCCACAGCUGGCAAGCAGCAGCAGGAGCAGCAGGGAAGAAGGAGCCCUCUCUGGAACAUUUGUGGUUUGAAUUGGAGUGCUGAACACCAUGAACAAUUACAGUGUAUCUUUGGUUGGUCCAGCCCCUUGGGGUUUCAGGCUUCAAGGUGGCAAAGACUUCAACAUGCCUUUGACAAUCUCUCGGCUACUCAAAGAGGUAGUCCAUAGACCAGUGCCAGUCUGCGAGCUGCUGGCUCCUAGUAGAAAAACUAAUUACUGUUUCAGGAAUUGUUCUGUUGCUUGGGAUGAGGGAGUAGCACCUGCAGCUCCCAAGCCUGAUCCUAUACCUGUGCAGCAGGUAGAACCUAAGGAGCUAGUUAAGCCUGUGCCCAUUGCAUCCACAGUCAUGCCCAAAGUUUCAUCCACAGCCAACAUGGCCUUCAAUAAAGCCCCAAGGCCAUUUGGGGCAGUGUCAUCCCCCAAAGUCACUUCCAUUCCAUCACCAUCGUCUGCCUUCACUCCAGCCCAUGCAAAUUUUUCAUCACAUGCUUCCCCUACACCACUGGCUACUGUCACGCCUCCCCAAUUCACUGCCUCUGGAUUGCAUGCUAAUGCCAAAUCAAAUCCUGACCAGCGUUCACCUGUAUUGAGUGCUGCCAAACCUGCAGUUAAUAUCCCAUGGCAACCCACACACAAUGCAUCCUUGAAUUCCCCAUUCAACGAAAAUGCACAGGAGGUGACAGAGGGGCAACGCAGAGGAUUCAAAGAGAACCAGGUUGAAAAUAAAGAGCAAAAUGGUCCACCACGGAAGCAUGUUGUAUAUACAAAUACAGAAUUUUACCACCCACCAACUCAUAGCAAUCAUAGCAAGAAACGCCUGAUUGAGGAUACUGAGGACUGGCAUCCAAGAACAGGAACAACCCAGUCACGUUCCUUCCGCAUCCUGGCCCAGAUUACUGGGACCGAACACAUGAAAGAACCAGAACCUGAUAAUCCAAAAAAGACAAAGGAAAGUCAAACAGAAAAUGGAGAUUGGAGCUUCUCUACAGAUUUAAUCAAUGGACUGGAAACACAGCAUCCCAUUUCAGUAGCUACCCAGACCUGUGAGAUGUCUGAUGUGUCAGAACAACCAGUGUUACUUUCCCCAGCUCAAAGGGCAGAAGCAAAUUCAACUACCUCCUUCUUGCUAAGAGGCCCAUCUCCUAUCACUGUUUCUUCUACCAAACUUUCUGGACCUGCUGCUUCCACUACAUCUUUCAAGAGAGACCUUAUUUUCAGGAAUCCUUUGGAAGCCCUACCCAAGUGUGCACCUCAUCCACCUGCUGUUGUUCAUAUUUUAAACAUUAACCAACAAGUAGCCAUUGUGUCUAAAAGAGCAUCAACUUAUACUAGGUCAAAUAGGAUAAAAACUGGUUCUCCAGUGUUGAGUGCCCCAGAUGCUGCAUCGUUGAGAGCAGAUGGAGCUGAUAAUAAAAGAAACCUUCCUGUGAUGAGCACAGAAGCAACUCAGACUUCUGAGCCACUGGUCUACCCAGUUGCUUCUGUGGAAUCUACUUUAGCUGUCCAGCCUGUGAAACCUGCACUGGUACCCGAACUUACUGGCAGGAAAUUGCCUCUGGAAAAUCCAUUGGAAAGUUGUCUAUCACUUUCUGCUAUCCCUUCAACUUCAUUUUCAAAGGUGAUAUCAUCACAAGUUAGGAAUAGUGCUGCUGCUGCUGUGUCUGCUGCUGUUGCUAUACGGGCCAGACUCUCCCAUCAGAAUACUUACCGUUCUCUCUUGGAUGCUCUUCUCAUUACUCCUAUUAUUAAACCUCCGCCUCUGGAAAGCAGACCAUCAAGAAAAUCAACAAGUAUUUUGGACAUGCAAAAGAACUGGCGAUAUGAUCCUCUGGAACCUGCUCAAUAUUCUGCUGCCACAGUAAGAAAUAUGCCUGAAAACUCAGAAAAUGAUGUGAAUAGGACAGUGUCUGCCAAUGCAACAUCAGUACCAGCCUUGAAGCCAACAGAACCUCAAUAUGCUGUCAAAACCUCAGGCUGGCAGUCUUCUAAUCAGCCAGUUGGAAGUGGUUGGACAUCAAACAAUAAUGCUAGACCUGGAGCAACUGUCUCAGGUGAAAAAACUACAACACCAGCUCCACUAACAGAUGAAGACACUUUAGUGCAGAGAGCAGAGCAUAUUCCAGCAGGAAAACGAACUCCAAUGUGUGCCCACUGCGACCAAGUGAUUAGAGGGCCUUUUCUAGUGGCCUUAGGGAAGUCUUGGCACCCAGAGGAAUUUAAUUGUGCUCACUGCAAAACCUCCAUGGCUUACAUUGGCUUUGUAGAAGAGAAAGGAGCUCUUUAUUGUGAAGGCUGUUAUGAGAAGUUUUUUGCCCCAGAAUGUGCCCGAUGCCAGAGGAAGAUACUGGGAGAAGUAAUAAAUGCUUUGAAACAAACCUGGCAUGUUUCCUGCUUUGUGUGUGUGGCUUGCCACAAGCCCAUUCGGAACAAUGUUUUCCAUUUGGAAGAUGGUGAUCCCUACUGUGAGACAGAUUAUUAUGCCCUCUUUGGUACCAUGUGCCAUGGUUGUGAAUUCCCCAUUGAAGCUGGGGACAGGUUCCUGGAAGCCUUGGGCCACACUUGGCAUGAUACCUGCUUUGUGUGUUCAAUAUGCUGUGAGAGUUUGGAAGGUCAGACAUUCUUCUCCAAGAAGGACAAGCCCUUGUGCAAGAAACAUGCUCACUCUGUAAACAUCUGAAAUAUUUGGAAGUUACUAAAGCAAACAUAAUAACAGGAAGAAAAAGUUGUCCUCUGCUGGUUUUCAAUAGGCUUAGUAAAGUAUUUAUGUAGUGUUAUAAAACUUUAGACAUGAAGCUGUGGGAAAAUGUAAGGGCUUAUGCGAGUUCAUGUAAUGCAAUAGGGAACAUUUAGAGUGAGCUACGGUAGUAGAAAGAAAGAAGAUGGAUCUUCUUAAUGAUAACAAGCCUUCAGGAUUAUACUGAUUUUCUCGUGGUUGUUUUGGUUUGGUUUUUAUUUUUAAAAAGUUAUCUUUUGCAAAAAAGAAAUAAGUACAAAAUGUGUGACUUUUUGUAGCUCAAUUUACUUUGCCAUUUAAGUGCCAACAAAUGAUAAAAAAGUUUAUAGACACAAGAUGAUUCCAGAAUUGAGUUUGUUACCUUUUUACAAGUGAAGCUGGAGAGGAUGAAGGGAUUCCACUGUAGAUCAUUAAUCAGUUUAAGUAGAAUCCUAGUUAGUAUCUCUUUGUUGAUGGAACACAUCCACCAGCAAAUCAGGGAAGGAUGCUGUUUUCAGUAUCACCUUGCCCUGAUCCUCCCUACAUCUUUUCCAUCAUCUGUUUCAGUGAGUGCCACAGUCCAUCAGGGCAGAAUGGGGCAUAAAGGAAGGAAGGAGAGUCACUGAAAAUUCUGACCUUCAUUGCCCUGCUUGUGGAAGUCUCCCAUCAACGAAGGAACGCUUAUCUGCUUUCAUCCUUUAAACUGGUUUAUAUUUUGUUUUUCAAAAGUAUAACUAGAAAUAUGAAACUGCUUGUUGGUAUGAAAGAGUACAUUCAUGUUGUACAUAAUUAGAGAACUGGAAAUAGAAGAUGGCUAAACCCUAUUAUUUUUGCUCAUACAUACAGAGAUUUGCAUUCAUUUUUUUUCUUAAAUGAUGCAGAGCACAUAACUAAAAUUUUAUACACUAGGUAAUGAGAUACUUGGCCAUGCAGAAAAUAGAUUUUAUGAGCAUCCAGAAAAAAAAUGCAGCUUACCUGCCCCUAAAAUGUAGCAAAUAUAAGAAGUUUCAGGGGUUAAUGGAGAAUAAGAGUGGUUUAGAUAAUAUAAGUUAUCUCUUACAUCUUUUUAGAAAUGUACUUCUAUUUCUGUGUACACAUAGUACUUCUUUUGGUUUAAUAAAUACAAAAGGGAAAGGUAGAGAGUGAGAAAGGAUUUAUCUUAGAGGAUUUAUCUUGAAGACAAGAUUCAUACUGUAUCAUUGCACAAGAAAGUAAAUAAAUACUGAGAUUAUUCUUUU